GUUGAAUCACACUGAUUCCCCCGGGGGGGGGAAGCCGUGAUUGGAGGAUGACCGAUCCAUAAUUUCUGACGUUGGAAGCGGCUUGUGACUACUGGGGGAAGCUGUAUUUUCACAACACGAGUGAAAUGUAAAUUUUGAUGAAUUAAUUUGAAUUAAUUAAUUUUUAAAAACCGGCACUUUAUCAUCAAUAUUUACAUUCACUAUAACUGGGACAUAACCAGGCAAAUAUUCAAAAUUAUUGCCAAUGCUUGCUUGGCUAUAGACAAAUAAAUCGCUCCUGUUUUACAAACAUAGUUAAUUCUCUAGCUUUUGUUACAUAUUUGUAUAGUGUGCACUGUACAAUCCAUAAGGGAACAGUUUUAUUUAAUAUUUGUUUAAUAAAUUGAAGCUAUCUUGGCAGCGUUACUGAUUAUUUUCACCCUCUCUCGUUUCCUUCUAUGUAAGAGUUAAUUGCAAAAGCAGUCCGUUUCCACAGCCACCUCCUUUUAUAAGGAUAAGCCAGGCUAACAGCCUACAGCCUUCUUAGCUUUGUGGUGAAUGUUCCCAGCCAGCCUCCUGUGGUGACGAAGCACAACCCUAAUUCCAGCCCAGCCUAACAGAUGCAAACUUUUCCUGUUUGCAGUAAAAGUUCCUAAGUGUGCACACCCAACCAGUAUGUAUCUCUUAGCCAGCGUUAUCACUUUUCAGGUAUAAGAAAUGAGUGUUGGAAGAAGAAGAUUAAGAUUGCUGGUACUGCUUAUGAUGGUAAAUUUCUUCAUUUACUUCAUUUUGGAAGUAUCAAAAACAGACAGCCAAGACAAAAAUUCAAAAGGACGAUUAUUAAUUCCACGUGAUACUUUUUGGAGGAAAGUCUUCCCAGUUAAUGCUUACUGGAAUAAAGAACAGCAAAAGUUGGACAGAUUGUUUAACCCUAUCUUGAACUUGCUUAACAAUGUCACCAUUGAGGAAAUGUUGACGUCUAAUGCAAGCUUUUUAAAUUCGUGUGAGAUAGAUCUAAAUAUAAAGUCAGAGAUUAAAGACUUUGAAACCUUGCCAGAUCGUUUCAAAGAUUUUUUAUAUUAUUUAAAAUGUAAGAAUUAUUCUUUGGUGUUAGACCAGCCGGACAAGUGUAAGGAUAAGCCGUUCCUCUUACUGGCCAUCAAAUCAUUAAUCCCACAAUUUGAUAGAAGACAAGCUAUACGGGAGUCCUGGGGAAAAGAGUUAAAAAUAAAUAACAUGACUGUUGUAAGAGUCUUUUUACUAGGAGAGACUGUAGCAGACGAUAAUUACCCAGACCUUUCUAAUAUGGUAAAAUUUGAAAGUCAAACGUACAAGGACAUACUAAUGUGGAAUUAUAGAGAUACAUUCUUUAAUUUAACUCUAAAAGAAGUUCUUUUCCUAAAAUGGGUAAGCCAUUCCUGCUCAGAUGUCCAGUUUAUUUUUAAAGGAGAUGAUGAUGUUUUUGUCAAUACCCACCAGAUUCUGGAUUACUUGAAGAUGCUGGAUGCAAACAAAGCCAAAGAUUUAUUUAUAGGUGAUGUAAUCAAGGCUGCUGGACCUCACAGAGACAAGAAACUGAAGUACUACAUUCCUGAAAGUAUAUACAAAGGUUCUUACCCUCCAUAUGCUGGGGGUGGUGGCUUUCUCUAUGCUGGGAAUUUGGCAUUGCGACUAUAUAAUGUGACUUCUAGAGUCCUUAUGUAUCCAAUUGAUGAUGUGUACACUGGAAUGUGCUUGGAAAAACUUGGUCUUGCUCCAGAAAAACACAAAGGGUUUAGGACAUUUGAUAUAGAUGAGAAACACAAGAAAAAUAUUUGUUCCUACACAGACCUAAUAUUAGUCCAUCCAAGGAAGCCUCAAGAAAUGAUGAAGAUAUGGUCCCAGUUACAGGACUCUCACUUAAAUUGUUAAGUCAAUAGGGGGAAAAGUGUACUUCUUUGAAGGUCUCUAAUUUUGCACUUAAGAUGUUGCACGGAUCUGGGCAAAUAAUACAUGUCUUAGUCACUUGUAAUGUUUCCAAAGACUUUGAUAAAUGUGAGUCCAGGGUCUACGCUUAGCUUGAAGUAAUGUCUCCUAUUCAUGUUUUGUUGAAAUGUUUCUUUCCAUAUGAUCAGCCUUGAAAGUGCACUGUUUGAGGGCAUUGGAAGAACCUAACCAUAUAUAUAUAUAUUGUGAUAAGCAAAACACACAUUUUAACUUGCAUUACCUUCCAUUUUAAGUGCUUGAUCAGAUUUGAGAUUUCACCUAUUUGUAGAUCACCUGAACUUAGGAGCAGCAAACAAAAGUUAUAUAGACUGGUACAUUCAAGUAAAUAACUGACAACUCGUUAUCAAAGUCUUCUAUAUUGUGCCAGCAAGAGUGUACUAAACCAACCAAAAAUUACAGGCAGGGUUUAUCUAGGGGUAUAAAAAUUAACAUUUUUUUUAAAUCACGUUUUAUGUGAAUUUGUUCUUGCAAUGUCCUAAGUUACUUUAGAAUUCUGAUAAAAUGAGCAAUGGCAGAGGCAGAAAAAAAAUCUAAUAUUUCUUCCACCUUAAUCAAAUGUGUGUUGUAGUUUUCCUACCUGUUGUCUUUAUUUGGGGUGGGGCUUUUAUAUAGAAGUUUGGUGCAUAUACUGUAUGGUUCUCCUGCAUGGUGGAUUGGGACCAGGUUUAAGCACCAUUUGUAAUGGAAUUUUAUGAAUAACAAGGGUUGUCAAAUAAUACUGCAGAAUUUUCCCAUGGAGAAUGAAUAGAGAAUACCACAGUAUACCUCUGCUUCAUAGUGUGCUUUUGUUUGUGUCAAAGUCCCUUAAAUGCACAGCUUGCCAAUAUUUCUUGGAACAAUGAUUUGUAGAAUAUAGGUUUUAGAAAAAAAAAAUAUUUGAAUUACUGUCAUAAUACAAGGAUCAAAAUAUGACUAUAUAAAUCGGACGUGCCCAAAAAAGGUAGAUUGACAAUACUUAGAUUGUUGGAGAUUUCCCAUGGCCAGAAGUGAUAGUCUGAAGAUAGUAAAAAGUUUAAUGUAUUUUAUGCAAGUUUUACAACUGUAUUCUCAAAAGUAUAUAAAUUAAAAAAUGUUAGUCAAGAAUACUAGAACAAUUGAUGCACAGUAAGUCCAAGCGCAGAUUUUGUCAUGCAUACAAAAAAGAUCUCAUCUCAAAGUAUGGGUACAUCCAACUUAAAAUCUUUGUUAAAACUUGGUUAUUAAAUUAAUUGGUCUUGGAGGAUUUGUUACAACAUGAAAUCUAAGGAACAACUGCUUUAUUAGCUACAGUUGAUUCCUUGUGUGCUCUGUAAUAUGACAAACCUAUGUUGUAAGGAAUAAGAUAUCAAGCCUAUAGAAAUAAUUGCUUCUGUGAUAGGUCACACCCUUUCCUCCAAUACUAGCUGUGAUUUUUCUUUAAGGUUUUUGUUUUCCUAUGUCUGGCCUGACGUUUGUAUGCAGAGAUCCUACAUUCUGAUUGCCAGAUUAUCUGUUAUAUUUAGUAUGGUUAUUGUACUCUAAUUUGUGGAGUGCAUAAAUUGGAAACUUUUAAUUUUAAAAAAAUGUAUGCAGUUUGUGAAUCACAAAAGAAACUUUUUGGGUUUCAUAUCCCUUUUAAUGACCCUCAAUAUUAAAGGAUGCAAUAUAGCUCUCUGUAUAACCCCCCCCCCCCCCAAUACAGAGUAUACCCUAUAAGUCUCUAAUGCAACAAAACAUUCUUACAUUUCAAUAAAAAUUAAUUUUGUCUUAGACAUUUCUGUUUUUAAUGUGAUGCUAAAAAAAUAAGCGCAUUGGUAUAGCCCAAGGGUAGAUUAACUUUUUUUUUUUUUUUUUUUUUUUUUUUAAAACUUCCUUUCCUGUAGCAUGCAAUGCAGUUUCAGAGCAUAGUAACAAAUGCAACAUCAAGGGAAGACAAAUGAUUAAUCUCAGAAAAUAGUGCUUAUAAUUCAUAUAAAAGGUGUAAAUAUGGCUAGGUAAAAUGAAGUUGUUGCAGCACAAAUACCACACAGCUGGGCAUGACAUUUCCAGGCUUUUUUCAUGCCGUAAUUUAGAAAAACAGUGAAAGUAAGGGGGAAAAUUCCCUUUUUUAAAAACACUGUUUUUGGGUCAAUCGACACCCUAAAAUUUGUACUUCAGAAACAUAGUUCAGCCUAUUAUUUAUUUUUAAUGAUAAACGUUCUCAACCAUAAUAAAAUGUUAUAAAAAUAAAA